UUACCAAAUAGUCUCACAACACUCACAGUCGGUUAUAAUUUUAACCAAGUAGUUCCACCGGGCACAUUACCAAAUAGUCUCACAACACUCAUAUUCGGUGAUCGUUAUAACCAAAUAGUUUCACCCGGCACAUUACCAAAUAGUCUCACAACAUUCACAUUCGGUCAUUGUUUUAACCAAGUAGUUUCACCCGGCACAUUACCAAAUAGUCUCACAGAACUCACAUUCGGUCAUGAUUUUAACCAAGUAGUUCUACCUGGCACAUUAGCAAAUAAUCUCACAACACUCACAUUCGGUUAUAGUUUUAACCAAGUAGUUCUACCCGGCACAUUACCAAAUAAUCUCACAACACUCACAUUCGGUUAUGAUUUUAACCAAGUAGUUAAACCCUGCACAUUACCAAAUAGUCUCACAACACUCACAUUCGGUAAGUUUUUUGACCAAGUAGUUCUACCCGACACAUUACCAAAUAAUCUCACAACACUCACAUUCAGUGAUAAUUUUAACCAAGUAGUUCCACCGGGCACAUUACCAAAUAGUCUCACAACACUCACAUUCGGUCAUUGUUUUAACCAAGAAGUUCCACCGGGCACAUUACCAAAAAGUCUCACAACACUCACUUUCGGUGAGUGUUUUAAUCAAGUAGUUCUACCCGGCACAUUACCAAAUAGUCUCACAGAACUCACAUUCGGUCAUGAUUUUAACCAAGUAGUUCUACCCGGCACAUUACCAAAUAAUCUCACAACACUCACAUUCAGUCAUGAUUUUAACCAA